UGCUUAUUUUUUGUAAUUUUUUGCUACUUUUAACCAGUGUGCGCUCAGCGCAGCUUGAAAUAGGUUCAAGCAACGCUGCUGCCAGCAUCACAGUCUGCCAACAGCUCGAGCUCAGCUCACAGCUCUUCCAGCCAUGAAGCUAACCCCACAACUUGGCCAACUAAUCUGGCAACUUGGCCUAUUGCUAACAACAGUGAGAGCAGCCCAUAGAGCUGGCGGAGAUUUGCGUAUAGAGCAGCUGCGUCAACUGGGACUGGGCAAUGUGGUGAAUCUGCCACACUAUACAGAUUUGCCACGCAGCAGCAGCUACGACUUUAUUGUUGUGGGCGCUGGCGCUGCGGGCUGCACGCUGGCCGCGCGUCUGGCCGAGAAUCCGCAGUGGCAGGUGUAUCUGAUCGAAGCUGGCGGCGUGGAGAGCAUGAUUCAUCUGGUGCCGCUGCUGGCGCCGUCGCUGCAGCUGACCGCAUCGAACUGGAACUACAAGUCGCAGCCACAGCGUCGAGCGUGCCGCGGCAUGCCCGAAAAUCGCUGCGCGCUGCCGCGUGGCAAACUCUUGGGCGGCACCAGCUCCAUCAACUUUAUGAUCUACAAUCGCGGCAAUCGGCGCGACUUUGAUGCGUGGGCCAAGCGUGGCAACGUCGGCUGGAGCUACAAGGAGCUGCUGCCCUAUUUUCUGCGCAGCGAGUCCGCCCAGCUGCAGGGCCUGGAGCAGUCGCCGUAUCACAACCACAGCGGUCCACUCAGUGUGGAGUACGUCAAGUAUCGCAGCAGCAUGGCGCAUGCCUUUGUGGCCGCUGCUCAGCAGGCGGGACACAAGCGCACGGACUACAAUGGCGAGUCCCAGCUGGGCGUGUCCUAUGUCCAGGCCAACACCUUGAACGGACGCAGGCAUAGCGCAUUUCGCGCCUACAUCGAACCGCAGCGUGCGCAGCGCAAGAAUCUGCAUAUUCUAACAAUGGCGCGUGUCACGCGCGUGCUCAUAGAUGGCGCCACCAAGUCCGCCUAUGGCGUGGAGCUGCUGCAUGCCGGACGCCGCUAUGAGGUGCGUGCACGCAGGGAAGUAAUUUUGUCCGCAGGCACCUUCAAUUCGCCGCAGCUGCUCAUGCUCUCGGGCAUUGGUCCGGCCAAGAAUCUGCAGGCCAUAGGCGUGCCGCUGCUCCAAGCGCUGCCCGUCGGGCAGAUGCUCUAUGAUCACAUGUGCCACUUUGGACCCACAUUUGUGACCAAUACCACUGGCCAAACGCUGUUCAGCUCCAGGCUGACGCCAGCCGCCAUCAAGGACUAUUUGCUGGGCAGUCCGCAGACGCAGCUGUCCAGCAUUGGCGGCGUGGAAACGCUCAGCUUCAUCAAGGUGCCCACCAGCAAGGAGCCCGCUGGACAGCCCGAUGUGGAGCUCAUCCAGGUUGCCGGCAGUUUGGCCAGCGAUGAGGGCACUGCGCUCAAUCGCGGCGCCAACUUCAAGCCCGAGAUCUACAAUCAAAUGUAUCGCGAACUGGCGCAACGUCAACAGGAUCACUUUACGCUGCUCAUCAUGCAGUUCAAGCCGCAGUCCGUGGGUCGCCUCUGGCUGCACAAUCGCAAUCCGCUCGAGUGGCCACGCAUCGAUCCCAAGUACUUUGUGGCCGAGCACGAUGUGCAGCAGCUGCUCGAGGGCAUCAAGGAAUCGCUGCGUAUCAUUCAAAUGCCCGCUCUCCAGGCCAUAGGCGCCAGAUUGUUGCCACGUGCCACGCCCGGAUGUGAGGGCUACAAGUUCGCCUCGGAUGAUUAUUGGCGCUGCUCGAUUCGCACCUUGAGCUACACGCUGCAUCAUCAGGUGGCCACCUGUCGCAUGGGUCCAUCCAGCGAUCCCACUGCUGUGGUCAGUCCACAGCUGCGAGUCCAUGGCAUGCGCCGGCUGCGUGUGGUGGACACCAGCGUCAUUCCCUCCCACCCACGCCCACACAAUGCCGCUGCCUUAUGAUCGGCGAAAAGCGCGGAUCUCAUACGAGGCGAUUGGCAUUGA